UUAGAAUAUUUGGAGAAAGUCACGCAAAGAAGUUUUCAUCUUCUACACAAAAUAGCUUCUAUUUCGGGUCAGUGAAGAUGUGUUUGAUUUAACAUCUCAGGAAGAUACAUCGCCGACAUUUGUCGUCUUCCCAGCUUCGCCAUGGAAUUUAUUUUACAAAACACACAGGGCACAGACUUCUGGGACGAGGACACGAGUUCCAUGACAUCCGACUUGGAGAUGUUCUCGAUGGCGCAGUCCGACGUGUGGGACGACAGCCUGGCGAGCGACCUGUCCACCGCUACCCAGGGCGUCUACGAAGGCUCUCGCUGGGACAGCACCUCCGGGCUGACACCCCCUCCUUCCAGACCUCAAUUGAACACUACUGAUUCACCAAUCGGCAUGGUUCCAACCUUUGGGGGCAAUCUAUUUCCCUUUUCAUUGCCUCUCUCUUUGGCAUCCGUUCUCCAGCAGCUCACUGAGGAAACUCCAAGAACAACGGCUGACAGUGCGCACCUCACCGACAAUGCGAGAUACAUCCUACCACGUAGAGGUGCAAACUUACUUGAUAUUACCAACUACGAGUACUACCAGCCAUUCAGCAACAGUGGAAGAACAAGUCGGAGUUUCCCAGAGAAUAAGAAAAUGUCCAGAAUAAUUGAAGAUGAAGAAUCAGAGGAAGAUUUGGAGCCGAUUGAUGAGAUUAAAAAUAUUAUAAAUAUUGAAUUGUGUAAA